AUGGAAAACGACAACGGUGAAUUGGUUGAACUUUACGUUCCACGCAAGUGCUCUGCCACCAACAGAAUUAUCAAGGCUAAAGACCACGCCUCCGUUCAAAUUAACAUUGCUAACGUUGAUGAGGAAGGACGUGCCAUCAGAGGAGACAACACCACUUUCGCUCUCUCCGGUUACGUUAGAUCCAGAGGUGAGGCUGACGACUCUUUGAACAGAUUGGCUCAACAAGCGGGUCUGUUGAAGAACGUCUGGUCCUACUCCCGUUAA